UCCUGCAUGGUGGACUUGCACAAUGUUGGAACAUUUAAUGCUGAUACCGGGUUCAAAGCCAGUUAUUUAAAUGAGUUGGAAAGAAUGCUACAAAAGGUUUUACCAAAUGCAAUGUUGAAGGCGAAACCUAAUAUUGAAUCGAGGAUUAGGUUACUAAAAAGGGAGUGGUCAAUCGUCUAUGACAUGCUUAAUGGCCAAAACAAUAGCGGUUUUGGUUGGGACGAGCAUAGGCAGCUCCUUGUUGCUGAAGAUGCGGUUUGGGACUCCUAUUUAAAGAGUCACAAAGAAGCCGCUCAAUUCAGACAUCGUACUUUCCCUUACUACGACCAGCUUACUACCAUAUACGCAAGAGAUCGAGCAACUGGGAAAGAUGCUCAAACAACUGAUGAUGUUCUUGAAGAAAUAAAUGAUGAGGGUGUACCUACUACAGGUAUGGAUGAAGAAAGAAACUCAUUCUAUGACUGCGAAGCUAACAUCUCUUUGGAUGACAUGGAUGUUUUUGCUGCGGAGCCGCGACGAGAGAUGGCUUUGAAGGUUGAUAUCGUUGAGGCGGAGGUGGUCUUGGUUGAUACGGUUGAUUGUAUUGAGGGUUUGAUCCAUAGUUUAGAUUUGGGUGGUCCCUUCACUCUGCAUUGUACAUGUUCGAAUAUGGAUUAUAACACCUUUGAGGUGGCACUGGAAAGUUCCCAAUGA